CUCCACGAGCUUUCUCUCCCUCCCUUCUCUCUCUCUCUCUCUCUCUCUCUCUCACUCUCUCUCUCUCUCUCUCUCUCUGAGUCUCUCUGCAACUCCCAUUUCGAUUUUUCAGGGUUAUGUGAGAAACUGAUUUAGUGGGCAAAUAAAGAGAGAAGGAAACAGAGUAGAAGAGAUAGAAACCCCACCAAGAAAAGAGAGAUAAAAGAGUCAGAGAAAGGGCACACACAUAACGAUGAUCAAUUGAUCAUCUUUCAUGACCAGUUUUUUGUUUGUUUUCAUUCUGGGUUUUUAUUCAUGAGCAGCCGUUGUUUUUAACUUUGUAAUUUUGGCUGGCCCUUGUUUGCUUCCAAAAUCUGAAUCAUUUUUCUGAUAAACCAGUUUUGCUGAGAGCUUAGUACUAAGCAAGGACACAAAACCAGAGCAUAAAAGAAAACAAAAACAAGAAAGUGGAAAUAAAGCUGAGCCCAACAAGCAAAAGAAGGAACAAAAUACAAACUUUCUUUGUUCUGUUGUCUGAUGCAUGCACGUCUUGUCCUUUGAUCAUGACUCUAGAGGGUCUCUUUGCAUGUCGGUUUUGAGCUUUUGGGGAUUCUCUCUUUUCUUUCUUGCUUGACAGAGUUGAUAAGAGAGAAGGAAGAGCGAGAAACUCGCGGAAGCAGUGAGCUUUUUUUAAACCUUUUUUUCCCUUGGGAUUUUUCUGAGUCUUUAGAUAUGGAGGUCACAGAGUUCUAGCAGAGAAUAGUUUCAUGGAAUCUUUUCUGGAAGUUCUGAUUUCUGGGUUUUCUCAAGAUGGUUGUUUUGACUGUAGUACUAGCACUCUUUCAUCCACCAUUCUCUAACACCAUAGAGCUUAAAAAGUCACAAUCUUCUGCUGUAUUCUGGAGUUUCACCUUCAAUCUGUGGCAGUUUGGGAGUCAAAGUCCUCACCUUUCUCUUUAAUUUCUCUCCCCCUCUCUCAUAAGCAAAGUUGAAAGUUGAAUUAAAGUUCUCAUCUUGGGUGCAUUUGUAUUUUCUUUUUCUUGUUUGCAGAGAAAUUAUAUAGCUAUACUGACCAGAAAGCAAGCUCUAAUGGCAGACAAUAACUUUCUACCCUUCCCGGCAGAGAAAUACACAAAACCCACUUCGUCUUUCUUCACUUCUCCGAGAUUGUUCACUAGUUUCACCUCAAAAGGUUAUUCUGAAACCGACGCUGUAAUGAGCCCAACUUCCAUACUCGAAACCAAGCCAUUCUUUGGUCUAAGAAACCCCUUCUGGUCUGAAUCAAACACCCCAAGAACUCCAGAACCUGAAACCAAACGCCCAUGGGACAAAUUGGACCCCAAAGGCAUUGGCCUUGCCAUUGUUGAUGCUCUCAAUGAUGAUGGCUCUAAUCCAAAACCAUCAAAACCCGAAAGCCGGAUGGUUAUUUUUGGGUCACAGCUUAAGAUUCAAAUCCCUCCUCUGCAGCCCUCUGUUCUCUCACCUUCUGAUUCACCAAAAUCUGCAGCUGAUUUCAGCAUCAGGACCAAGAAUUCUCAAUUGGGUUCUUUCUCCUCUGUCUCAUCUGAGUCCCCAGCUAAGAAUUCCCCAUUUAAAUCUGCGAAUUCAGGCCUUGAGACCAUGAAUUCGGCUCGGGUUUUCAGAAGCUGUCUCUCUGUUAGUGAAAUGGAGCUCUCUGAAGAUUAUACUUGUGUGAUUUCCCAUGGUCCAAACCCAAAAACCACUCAUAUCUUUGACAAUUGCAUUGUGGAGAGCUCUGAGGGUGUCCCUGAAUUUUCUCCAGGCGGGAAGGUAAAUGGUUCAAGCUAUCUGUCUGAGAGUUUCCUCAGCUUCUGUGACAAUUGCAAGAAGAAUCUUGGGCCGGGCAAAGAUAUUUUCAUGUACAGAGGUGAGAAGGCGUUCUGCAGCCGUGAAUGUCGUUACCAGGAGAUGUUAUUGGAGGAGGAGGGAGUGGAUAAACUGUGAGCUGACCGGGCCUAUGGAAAUUGUUCCUGACACUUCACUGGAAAAGCUCCAAAUAUCUGUCUUGCCUUCAACAGAGAGAGCCUUCCCUUUUUUUUCCUUUCUUUUUGGUUCUAAUAAUAGGGAAA